GGGGGUAUAAGGGUCAACCCUCUGAAAUUUGUAUCAUAACAGCUGCUCGAGUAACAUCAACAACUAUUGGACAACUACUUCCAUACGCGCCUAGUACGAGUUUUGAGGAAACAGCUAUUCAAGUAACAACACUCACGGUUAUUGAACAAUUACCUCCUGACGUGGCUAUGGCUAGUACUAGUUCUACUCAACAACGUGAACAACCAGUAGGAACUGAAUCUGAAACUCCUGGACGAGAAACUUCACUAAAUGAGCAACCUGCAGGAACAGGUCCUGUUGAAGCUCCUAGUAUUGGAGGAGCGACUAAUGAAAAUAAUAAUGGAGAACGGGAAGCACGUCCUGCAAAGAAAAAGAAAAAAUCAAAAAAAUCAAAGGCUGAAAAACGAUUGGCUCGUUUCAAAACAUGUUGCUCACUUCUUAACCGUGAACGUAUGAUUCGUGCGGAACAACAACGAAUUUACUUGAUUGAACGAAACAAAAUUAACGAUCUCCGCGAAAAAUUCGUUAUCGUAGGACCAGCUGGCAAUGUUUAUACAGUUACUAUUGCGCAUUUACCAGAUUGCAAUUGUCCAGAUUUCACGAAAGGAUUUUUGUGUAAGCAUAUUUUCUUUGUUUACCUCAAAGUUUUGGGUGUAAAUCGAGAUAGCACGCUUAUCUAUCAGAAAGCGCUUUUGUCUAAAGAACUUCUUUCGAUCUUUACAAAUGCAAGGCCUAGUUGGCCCAGCAAUACAGUGUAAUUGCAUAACGUGUGACUCAUACAUUUCAUUAAAAGACUAUUAAUGCACUGAGAUAUCAUUUUUCCUUAGUCUCCGCAUUAUAUUUCUUAUGUAUAAUGUCUUUUUCCUUUCGAUAUUCUUAUAUUGCGUGUUGAGUGUUGAGGGUUACCAUUUUAGGAUCAUAUUUAUUUUGCCCAUAAGAUGGAAUCAUUUUACCCAUUCUAUCAAUAUAAUU